CCGGGUACCCGGACAGUCCGAGGGUACGAACUCGGGCCGGCCAUGGGCCCCGCGACGCGGCUUGCGUCUCUGCUGCUGGCACUGGCGCUCGGCGCAGGGGACCCGGCAGGGGCCGCGACGCGGGGGGACACGUUCUCGGCGCUGACCAGCGUGGCGCGUGCGCUGGCGCCUGAGCGCCGGCUGCUGGAGCUGCUGCGGCGCUACCUGCGCUGGGAGGAGGCGCGGCUGCGGGACCUGACCAGGUUUUAUGAGAAGGUGCUUUCUCUGCAUGAGGACUCAGCCAUCACUGUGUCUAAUCCUUUGCUUGCAUUUACUCUCAUCAAACGCCUGCAGUCUGACUGGAGAAAUGUGGUGCACAGUCUGGAGGCCAGUGAGAACAUCCAAGCUCUAAAGGAUGGUUAUGAGAAGGUGGAGCAAGACCUGCCAGCCUUUGAGGACCUGGAGGGCGCGGCGCGGGCCCUGAUGCGGCUGCAAGAUGUCUACCUGCUUAGUGUGAAGGGCCUCACCCAGGGCCUGUUCCAGAGGGUCACUGGCUCUGCGGUCACCGACCUGUACAGGCCCACACGGCUGUUCUCUCUCAGUGCCGAUGACUGCUUCCAGGUCGGCAAGGUGGCCUAUGACAUGGGGGAUUACUACCAUGCCAUCUUGUGGCUGGAGGAGGCUGUCAGUCUCUUCAAAGGAUCUUACGGAGAUUGGAAGACAGAGGAUGAGGCCAGUCUAGAAGAUGCCUUGGACCACUUGGCCUUUGCCUAUUUCCAGGCGGGAAAUGUUUCAUAUGCCCUCAGCCUGUCUCAAGAGCUUCUCCUCUAUAGCCCAGACAAUAAGAGGAUGGCCAGGAAUAUCCUGAAAUAUGAAAAGCUCUUAGCAGAGAGCUCCAAAAGGACAGUAGCCAAGGUUGCCAUCCGGAGGCCCAAUGUCCCGCACCUGCAGACCAGAGAUGUCUACGAGGGGCUGUGCCAGACCCUGGGCUCUCAGCCCACUCACUACCAGAUCCCCAGCCUCUACUGCUCCUAUGAGACCAAUUCCAGCCCCUACCUGCUGCUCCAGCCCGUCCGGAAGGAGGUCAUACACCUGGAGCCCUACAUUGUUCUCUUCCAUGACUUUGUCAGUGACGUGGAGGCUCAGAAAAUCAGAGGGUUUGCAGAACCAUGGCUACAGAGAUCCGUGGUGGCCUCAGGGGAAAAGCAGUUGCCCGUGGAGUACCGCAUCAGCAAGAGUGCUUGGCUGAAGGACACAGUUGACCCAGUGCUGGUGACUCUUGACCACCGUAUCGCUGCCCUCACAGGCCUCGAUGUGCAGCCUCCCUAUGCCGAGUAUCUUCAGGUGGUCAACUAUGGAAUCGGGGGGCACUAUGAACCUCACUUCGACCACGCGACGUCACCCACCAGCCCGCUGUAUAGAAUGAAGUCUGGAAACCGAGUCGCAACGUUUAUGAUCUAUCUGAGUUCCGUGGAAGCGGGAGGAGCCACGGCCUUCAUCUAUGCCAACUUGAGCGUGCCCGUGGUGAAGAACGCUGCGUUAUUUUGGUGGAACCUGCACAGGAGUGGUGAAGGGGAUGAGGACACGCUCCACGCCGGCUGUCCGGUCCUGGUGGGAGACAAGUGGGUGGCCAACAAAUGGAUCCAUGAGCACGGACAGGAGUUCCGCAGACCCUGCAGCCCACGGCCCAGAGGGUAAAGGCGUGGCAGAGAG